AUCUCUGGUCCCUUCUGGCCUGGCUCCUUUCUCCCGAAUGGUAAAAAUGAGGAAGUCAGGGGGGCUCCAGAGGAGCGGAAGGGGAGUAGAUACACCCCGGAGGAGGAGAGCAGAGCUGCCUCGUACCCACCCCCCGCCGCGCGCAAUCUCUGCCUGAGUCCCUGCUCCAAUCCCUUCUGCACUUCACCGCCUGAAGACCGGGGACACAUCAGAUCCCAGCUGACAGCCUGCUGGGUUCUGGUCACUUAGGUGACUCCUCCCCCGCUGCCUCCACCUCCGUUCUCCAGUAUUUCGUGUUUUUCCAGUUCUGGUCAUUGCUGCACAAGGAACCCCAAAAUCGCAGCCUUCGGACAUUCCGCAGACGUCGGCUCCAAGGAGUCCCAGCCUCCCCCUUGGGCCCAGCUCCUGCCUCCGCCUGGCAGCCGGCCCUGCCCGCCUUUCAGCUCCGACGGCCCCAGGCUCGGUCCAAGCAUGUCAGUGCAGUAUGAAAAAUUCCAGCACUUGGAGAGUGAGAAGCAAAGCCAGCAGUCUAGAAAUGGGCUGCGUCCUCCUCUGUGCUUCCUGUACCGGCUCUGCUCUGGCCCCCGGCCUCUCCUGUUCUCCCUGGGCCUCAGCCUCCUCCUGCUGGUCGGCAUCGGUGUGAUCGGCUCCCAGAGUGAGGAUUCCAAGUUUCGGAGGGACCUGGUGACCCUGAGAGCAACUUUCAGCAACUUCACUGCAAACACUGUGGCGGAGGUCCAGGCACUGAAAUCCCAGGGUGGCCAUUUGCAAGAAGUGAUAACAUCUCUGAAAGCCGAGGUGGAAAAUCACAAGCAGGGGUUGCAGGCAGCCCGUAGCUUGAAGGACAAGGUGUUUUCCCUGGAGAGCAAGCUGGAGCAGGAGCAGAAGGAGCUCAAAGCAGGUCAUUCCGAUACCCUCCUUCGGGUCCAGCAGUUGGCCAGAGACCUGAGAUCCCUGACGUGCCAGAUGGCCGCUCUCAGGAGCAACGGCUCUCAAAAUACCUGCUGCCCCCCUAAGUGGCUGGAGUACGAGGGCAGCUGCUACUGGUUCUCCGGCUCCGGGAAGUCCUGGGAGGACGCGGAGAGGUACUGCCAGCUGGAGAGCGCCCACCUGGUGGUCAUCAACUCCGGAGAGGAGCAGACUUUUGUGCAGGGCCAUAUCGGCUCAUACACCUGGAUGGGCCUCAGUGACCCUGAAGGAGUCUGGAAAUGGGUGGAUGGGACAGACUACGAGACCAACUUCAAGAACUGGAAGCCAGGCCAGCCGGAUGACUGGCAUGGGCAUGGGCUGGGUGGGGGCGAGGACUGCGCCCACUUCCACCCCGACGGCAAGUGGAAUGACGAUGCCUGCCAGAGGGCCUACCGCUGGGUGUGCGAGGCCGGCCUGGGCACGGCCAGCUAGCGCGGCGGCAGGUGCUUCCCGCUGAACCGCUCAGCCGCCCGCCGGCGGGGAGCGGGAGGGGGCCUUCCCCGGAGACCCCUCACGAGACCCUGCGGAGAGGAAUGAGCCCACGGACGUCGGGGCGCUGCCACCGUUUUGAAUGUUUUUCUCCUUGGCAUUCAAAAGACUCUAGAGUUCCUCAAGGGUUUGCUGUUUGCUUUUUUAACCUCAGCUGCGUCGAGCUAUCCUUGACAUACAAAAUUGUAAGACGUUAGAGGUGUGCGUCAUUGUGAUUUGAGAAACAUAUACCCUGGGAAGGGGUCCCCCAUCCAGUUAAUAACUUCACGUAUUCAUCUCGUGUGUGUGAGAACACGUACGUUCUGCUCGCUUGGUAAAUUCCAGUUAUACAACAUGUAAGCAACUGUGGUCACCGUGAGAUCCUCAGACCUUAUUCAACUAAGAGGUGCAAGUUGGUGAACCUCUCCCGAUUUCCGCACUCCCCACCUCCACCAUCAUACCCUCUUUUUCUCUGAAUUUGACCUUUUUCUUCCCCCCGAUCCACAUAUAAAGAGAAUGGUGCAGUA